ACUGUAAUUUCAUCAUGCACUUCAAACAGCAGAACAGACAUGAACAAUCAAGAGAUGAAUGAGGUUUCUUUAAUAUGACACAGUGUUCAGAAAUAUAAAAGGAAUCAUGUUUCUCUGCGUGAUGCUACUGAUUUUAACUGACUUUAUAGAGACCACAUCAGAGCAUUUUAAGGUAGUUGGCCCUGCCUCUCCUCUUGUUGUUGAAGCUGGUGAAAAUCUUGUUCUGCCUUGUUCUCUCCAACCCAACAUCAGUGCUGAGGAUAUGAUGGUGGAGUGGGUCAGAACAGGUCUGACUGAAUCUAACACACUAGUGCAUCUGUAUAAAGACUAUAAAGACACAAAUGACAAGCAGAUUAAGUCUUAUAGAGGAAGAACAGCUCUAUUUAAGGAAGAGCUAUGGAAAGGAAACACCUCGCUGAAGCUCUCAGCAGUCCAGCCUUCUGAUGAGGGAGUUUAUCAGUGUGCAAUUAAAUCAGAGUCCUGGUAUGAUGACAUCACCAUUCAUGUUGAAGUCAAAGUACAUUUGAAAAUAGUUGGUGCAGCUGCGCCUCUUGUUGUUGAAGCUGGUGAAGAUCUGGUUCUGCCCUGUUCUCUCCAACCAAACAUCAGCGCUGAGGAUAUGAUAGUGGAGUGGAUCAGACUGCAUCUGACAGACACUGUAGUGCAUUUGUAUAAAGAUUUUGAAGACAGAAAUGAGAAGCAGAUGGAGUCUUACAGAGGGAGAACAGCUCUAUUUAAGGAAGAACUGCAGAAAGGAAACACUUCACUGAAACUCUCUGCAGUUCAACCUUCUGAUGAAGGAGCUUACCAGUGUUACAUUCAGUAUGGGUCCUGGUAUGAUGACAUAACUAUAAAUGUUGAAGUUAAAGGAAAAGGUUUUCAUGCUUGGAAGAUUGCCACCAUCUGCAUUUCAGUUUUUAUUAUUAUAUUAAGUGCCUUUAUAGUUUACAUCUUGAAAGACAAGUAUUCAAAAAAGAAGCUUUCUCCUGCACAAUGCUCAGUCAUGGCCUACAUGCGUCUCCAGUCAGAGAAUGUGCGGGAAGAGUUUGACCUGAAGAAAUACAACACAUCAGAAGAGGGUUAUAAAAGACUCAUCCCAGCUAUCACAAACUGCAGAAAGGCUCAACUUGCUACGUGUAAACUUAGUGAACAGUCCUGUAAGACUCUGCAGUCAGUUUUACAAACAGAAACCUCCUACCUGAAAGAACUGGACCUCAGUAACAACAAAGUGCAUGAUGCAGGGGUUGAGCUGCUCUCUGCUGGACUGAAGAGUUCACAUUGUAAACUGGAGAUACUAAGGCUUUCUAUGUGUAAACUCAGUGAACAGUCCUGUGUUGCUCUGCAGUCAGUUUUACAAUCAGAAAACUCCUCCUUGAAAGAACUGGACCUCAGUAACAAUGACCUGCUGGAUUCAGGAUUGGAGCUGCUCUCUGCUGGACUGAGGAGUUCAUACUGUAAACUGGAGAUACUCAGACUUGCUAUGUGUAAAUUCAGUAAACAGUCCUGUGACACUCUGCAGUCAGUUUUACAAUCAGAAACCUCCUGCCUGAAGGAACUGGACCUCAGCAACAAUGAUCUUCAGGAUUCAGGAGUAGAACUGCUCUCUGCUGGACUCAAGAGUUCACACUGUAAACUGGAGUUUCUCAGGCUAUCUUUGUGUAGUCUUGGGAUUAUAUCUUGUGAAAAUCUGCAAUCAGUUUUAAAACAGAAAAUCUCCCUGAAAGAGCUGGACCUUAGUAACAACGACCUUCAGGAUGCAGGAGUGACUCUGCUCUCUACUGGACUUAAGAGUUCACAGUGUAAACUGCAAAUACUCAGAUUAGCUUUGUGUAAUCUUGGAAAAAAGGCUUGUGAAAAUCUGGGACAAGAUCUAAAACUAGAAAACACCUCCCUGAAAGAGCUGGACCUCAGUAACAAUGAUCUGCAGGAUGCAGGAGUGGAGCUGCUCUCUGCUGGACUGGAGAGUUCACAUUGUAAACUGGAGACACUCAGAUUAUCUGGUUGUAUGAUUACAGAUAAAGGCUGUUCUUCUCUGGCUUCAGCUCUGAGUUCAAACACCUCACACCUAAAAGAACUGGAUCUGACCUACAACCACCCAGGAGAAUCAGGAGUGAAGUUGCUCUCUGCUAGAUUGGAGGAUUCACUCAACAAACUGAGAGUGGAACAUGGAGGCGAAGUCAGAAUCAAACCAGGACUGAAGAAAUAUUCCUCUGAGUUUACACUGGACCCAGAAACAGCACACAAACGACUCUCUCUGUCUGACGGGAACAGAAAGGUGACAAAUAUGGGAUAUAUACAGUCGUAUCCUGAUCAUCCAGAGAGAUUUGAUUGCUGGGAUCAGGUGUUGUGUAGAGAGAGUGUGACUGAAUGCUGUUACUGGGAGGCUGAGUGGAGCGGUGAUGGAACUGAAAUAGCUCUGACUUAUAAAACAAUCAGCAGGAAGGGCGACAGUGCUGACUGUGUGUUUGGACUGAAUGAAAAGUCCUGGAGUCUGGAGUGUUAUAGUAACAGAUACUCUGUCUGGCACAACGGUAACAGCACUGAUAUCCCUGCUCCUCCCUCCAGCUCUAAGAGAGUAGGAGUGUAUGUGGACUGUCUAGCUGGAACUCUGUCCUUCUACAGUGUCUCCACUGAUACCCUCACACUGAACCACCUAUACACAUUCAACACCACAUUUACUGAACCGCUCUGUGCAGGAUUUGGGCUUUAUGAUGAUGACUCGUUUGUCUGUGUACAGUGCCUUUCACAAAUGAUGGCACAGAUGGUAAACAAAAAGAGCUGCCAAAAAUUACUUAUUUCUUAUAAUAAUAAAAAUUAGAAUACUUAUAACAAUAAUACAUGAAACUUCUGUAGCGCUUUUCAAGAACCCAGAGACAAUUACAACUGUAAAUAAAGCAGAACACCAUAAGAAAGAUAGGCAAAACAUAGAUGUAGUCAAUGGUGGAGAAGACAGGAUAAAGUUGUAAUGAGAAGGUAAUAUUAGCUUGUUGGUAAGUCGUAAGCUGAAAACAUGCAUUUUGAAUUUAAUCAAUUUAAAUAUUGAAAAAGAAUUACACAUGGAGUAAGAGUUUCAGACAUGAAGAGUAAAUCUUGAAAAUGCUCAAUUACCAAAACUGUGAAGGUUGAACAAGGGGAUGGUUAUCAAAUCAGCUCAAGAUAAGUGUGGGUUCAUAAGAAAGGAGAGCUCAGACAAGUAGAAAGGAGCAAGGUUGUUUAGCAUUUGGUAAUUGAGCAGAAUAAUUUUGAAAUAAAUCUGGUGCUUUAUAAGCAGGUAGUAAAGAUAAUGGAAAACACGUGUAAUGUGGAUGUGAGAGGAAGUAUGAGUGAAAAGAGUAGCAACAGAUUUCUGGACCAUUUAAAGCUUGUUAAGGGAGGAAGAGCCAAUGCCUGCAAGGAGAGAAUUACAAUAGUCCAAAUUGCUAAAAAUGAAAGCACAUACAAAAGAAAUAGCAGCAGAAUGAAAGAAAAUUGGUCAAAUUGUGUUUAUACUGUAAAAUGUUUCAAUAAUAGAGGUUAUGUGGGCAUUGAAUGAGAGAGUCUAACCUGGGGGAAAGGGACUAUAUCAUUAACUAACAGAGUUACAGAUCAAGUUUUAUUGAGAGUUGAUUUAGGACCAAAGAGAAGGAGUUCAGUAUGAUCACUAUUUAAGAUGAGAAAGUUAUAUUUAAUUUCAGGGUUUAAUCUCAGAUCUAACUACAUGAUUAUUUUUGAUGGCUUUAAAAUGAUGUAUGGUCUAUCUGUAUGGGGAGUAUGUAAGUAAGGAAGAGCAGUGGUCCAAGGACUGAACCUGGAGGGACUACUUGCAGGUUGAAGAAAUUGAUGAAUUAAGGUCAGGGAAAGAAAUUUGCUGCUUACUAUCCAUGAGAUUAAAGGUGAACCAGUCCGGUGCAACCCAACCUCACAUGGCCUCGGUAGAAGAAUAGAAUGGCACACGAUGUCAAAGUCUGGGGUCAAAUCUUGUAAAAUAAGAACGCUAAGGGUUGCAUUAUGUGCAGAUGUAAGAAGAUGUUUUAUAACCUUAGCCAAGGCUGACUCAGUGCUGUGGUACUGAUAAAAAAGAGACUGGAAAGGUUCAGUGAGAUUAUUGCUUUCUAAGUAAGUCUGCAAUUCAUAACAAUUCGAGAACUGUAAAAAAAAAAGAAAGUUUGAAAUUGGGCAGCAUUUAUAGAAAUUAGUUGGGUCAAGGCUAUACUGUUGAUAUUUCAUUCAAGAUAAGUACAAAAAUAUGUCCUUCAUUUCAAGUACAAUAAUUGAGAGAAAAAACUAAAUAUUUUUCUCAAAACUGUGUGUGCCACAAUUGUUGGCCCUGCUUCAUUGAAUACAUUGUGCAGUCUCUCUUUGCAAAAAUAACAGCUCUGAGUCUUGUUUCAUGAGACUGAAA